UUAACUUUGAGUAGAGGAGCAAAAACUACGGAACUAUAACAGAGAAGAGCGCUUUUAAAAGUUCUUUUUUAUUAUUUCAAACCUACAAAAGGGAUUUUCUUCACCUAAAGUUUACAUUUUCCCUUUAGUAGAGUUUGUUUGGAUACUUCUUUCUGAAAGAUGAUGUUCACCGCGUUCAACACGGAGUGCGACUCUUCUUCCCGCUGCAGCACAGCUUCCCCGUCCGUGGACAAUCUGGGAUACUACGCGUCCCCGGCCGGAUCUUACUCCAGCAUUGGAUCUCCUCAGUCUCAGGACUUCACAGACCUGACAGCAUCAAGUGCCUCCUUCAUCCCCACUGUCACUGCCAUAUCCACCAGCCCAGACCUGCAGUGGAUGGUGCAGCCUCUGGUCUCCUCGGUGGCCCCCUCUCGCAGAGCUCACCCCUACACCUCCAGCCCUUGCCCGGCCUACCCCAGAUCAGCCAUGAAGUCUGCAUCCAAGGCUCACAACUCUACCAAAAGGGGCAGGAUGGAACAGUUGAACCCUGAGGAGGAAGAGAAGCGAAGAAUUCGCAGAGAGAGAAACAAGCAGGCAGCAGCUAAAUGCCGCAACAGGAGGCGAGAGCUUACAGACACCCUGCAAGCUGAAACUGAUGUGCUUGAGGAUGAGAAGUCUAGCCUGCAGAACGAUAUUGCCAACCUGAUGAAGGAGAAGGAAAGGCUUGAGUUCAUCCUGGCGGCCCACCAACCCAUCUGCAAAAUUCCCUCUGAGCUGGAGACAGACUUCCUUGUGACCUCCAUCUCUCCGCCACACACCUCCACCGUGCCUUCCUCCCAGCCAAUGACCUCCACCUUCUCUUCCAGCCAGCCAACCUUCACCUCAGCCUCCAACUCUAUUUUCUCCAGCCCCACCUCCAUCCUCUCCGCCGCCACAACGUCCAACAGCGCCACAGUCAAGAUGACAGACCUGGACUCCUCCGUCCUGGAAGAAUCCCUGGACCUGCUGGCCAAGACGGAAAUGGAGACAGCGCGGUCGGUGCCUGAGGUGGACCUGUCCAGCUCCAUCUACACAAGUCAGGACUGGGAGCCCCUUCACACCUCAACCAGCAACAACAAUGACUUUGAGUCCCUGUGCACACCCGUGGUGACCUGCACUCCGGCCUGCACCACCUACACGUCUUCGUUCACGUUCACUUUCCCAGAGGCGGAGACCUUCCCCACCUGUGGUAUGGCCCACAGGAGAGGCAGCAGCAGCAAUGACCAGUCCUCUGACUCUCUCAGCUCCCCCACUCUGCUGGCCCUUUAAAGACUUUUCUAGAGACAAUAAUUCUUCCUCAGCAAGCACAUUUUCUUGAACUAUGUGCAGAUUUCAGGGCUAUGGAGCAGAUA